CUAGGAGCAGAUCCGGGGCAGGAGGGGAGCGCUGGAUUAGGGGCUGUUGCUGCAGCUGCUCGGGAGUCGCCCGUCAGCCCGCGGUUCGCGGGCCCUGCCGGUCAGGAUCAGAUCAACCAUUGGCUUGCCCUCUAACAUAGUCAACUGAAAGCAACUUUUCAAGUUUCUUCAGGAUGCCUGCAGCACUUGUGGAGAAUAGCCAGGUUAUCUGUGAAGUCUGGGCCAGCAAUCUAGAAGAAGAGAUGAGGAAGAUCCGAGAAAUUGUGCUCAGUUACAGUUACAUUGCCAUGGACACAGAAUUUCCAGGGGUUGUUGUGCGACCAAUUGGCGAAUUUCGUAGUUCCAUAGAUUACCAGUAUCAGCUUUUACGGUGCAAUGUUGACCUUUUAAAAAUUAUCCAGCUGGGCCUUACAUUCACGAACGAGAAGGGAGAAUAUCCUUCUGGAAUCAACACUUGGCAGUUCAACUUCAAAUUCAACCUUACAGAGGAUAUGUACUCCCAGGAUUCCAUAGAUCUCCUUGCUAACUCAGGACUGCAGUUUCAGAAGCAUGAAGAGGAAGGGAUUGACACAUUGCACUUUGCAGAGCUGCUUAUGACAUCAGGGGUAGUUCUCUGUGACAACGUCAAAUGGCUUUCAUUUCACAGUGGCUAUGAUUUUGGCUACAUGGUAAAGUUACUUACAGAUUCUCGUUUGCCAGAAGAGGAGCAUGAAUUCUUUCACAUUCUGAACCUUUUCUUCCCAUCCAUUUAUGAUGUGAAAUACCUGAUGAAGAGUUGCAAAAAUCUUAAGGGAGGUCUUCAGGAAGUUGCUGAUCAGUUGGAUUUGCAGAGAAUUGGAAGGCAGCACCAGGCAGGCUCAGACUCGCUGCUGACGGGAAUGGCAUUCUUCAGGAUGAAAGAGUUGUUUUUUGAGGACAGUAUUGAUGAUGCCAAGUACUGUGGGCGGCUCUAUGGCCUAGGCACAGGAGUGGCUCAGAAGCAGAAUGAGGAUGUGGACUCUGCCCAAGAGAAGAUGAGCAUCCUGGCGAUCAUCAACAACAUGCAGCAGUGAUGGCGGCAGGCUCUGUAGGAUCGGCCCGAUCCAGAGUGGUGCUUACUGUGCUGUGUAUACUUACCUUCCUCCCCAAGAGAAAGUGCUUCUUGUGAGCAAACUGUACCUACCAUCUGCAUUGAGCAGAAAGACUUUUGUUUUACUGAAGACAAAAGAUGUCUUUAUUUUAGAUCCAGAAGAGGGGAGUUUGCUCUGAAUUUGUAAACGAGUCUUCCCUAUUCCUCAUCCCCAAGCCUCUCCUCUCCGGUUGCCUCCUGCCACCAGCAUCCAUGGCGCAUUUGACACCUUUUUAAAUAUCCAGGACCAGUGAGAGACAAACUAGUAUAAUGUAUAUAACUCUUACCUGUUGUUAUUCUUUUUCUUUUAAAUUUUUUGCUAAUCUCUGAGGAUGAAGACUUCUUGCUAUGAUUCUCAGCUGAGCUGAGGGCUUCUGGGGAAAGUGGAACAAAAUGGUGUUCUUGGGAAGUGGGUUAUAGAUGUUGAGUCUUUCCCUUCCUUCCUUGCCUUUUUUUGACCCUUCUCGAGGGCGUUUGCUUUCCUCACACUUUGUUAGUCUGUUUUUAGGUACUGUUAUAUGGAAAUGAAUUACUCAGUGCUAAAAUUUGAAGACCAGAUAAUGAAAAUUUUUCUUAAAAAACAAAAUACUGAAUCUGUCUCCCCUUCAUUCAUGAGGAACUCCAGAAUGGGUAUUAAGUUAACCACUUAAGUGUCUUUAAGUCUAUGUUCCACUGUGCCACUGAGAUUUGCUGUCACAUGUGCAUCAUUUAAAGUUUUCAUAUAAUAAAAGAGCCUGGAUUUGAUCCUGAAGGAAAUUAGUAGAAUCAGAUUUUUGGAUCAUAAGUCUGUUGUAUUUUCAGUCAUGUGAUUUCAGAUGGUCAUCUGUAUUCUCCCACCUCACUUCUGUUUUCCCUGCUUUUCCUUUCAGCAAACCUGAGAAGUUAGGGAAAUGGAUUAAUGUGAGUACCAGGAGUGUCUUUAAAAAGUUAGUAGUGGUUACAUGUAAACAGGGCAGUAAGGAAUUUGGUUUAUAGAGUUUUCUUGGAGUAAUAUCCCACAACUGGGGUAGGAAGCUCAGGACUGUGAUUUUUCUUUUUUAACUAGUUGUUUAAAAAGUACACAGUUUUUUUUUUCUUCAAAUGAAUAUAAUGUGGCUAAUUUCAAAAGACCAAAAUCCCCUUUGGAGUAGUGGAAAUGAAAACUGGUAACUCACUGAAGUGGAUGAAUAGUCUUACAUUUUAAAAGCUUAUGGAAAACUGACUUUGAAAUGAUUCAAAAAUUUCAGGUAUUAUAAGCUGAUAUUUAAGAUGCUUGUAAAUAUUAUUUAUGUUUUUAAUUUUGUAAAAUAAAGAUUUCUUUUUAACCACUGGCA